GUUAGAAGAACAGUCUCUUUGCGUCUCUGACUGACUUCGGUCUCCCCGUUUACUCCUCACCGUGCACCGCUUCAUACGCUCCAAAAAUGCUAAAACAAAAAACCCAUUAAGCCAAAAUCCCUCUUUCUUGUGUUUGUGUUAAAGAAAAAGAGUUGCAGAAUCCCAAGCUUUCAUCUUUACUAGUUUUCUCUUGUUGGAGGUAGGUUGUGAAGGGGGUUUCACAGAGUGAAGCUUGAGAUUGAAAUAGGUGGAAGGUCAUUAUCCAGAAGAUGGGUGGUUUUUGCUCUAGAAGGGCUACCGCUGAUAGCACAACAGAUCAUGGCAUUCCACAUGUGAAUGGUCAUCUUAAUUACGGUGCUGGAACGGUUUAUCAGUCGCGUGGAUUGCCCAUACAACUAAGCAGUGAUCCUAUGCAAUCCCCUGCUGGGGAAAGCCAGCAACUAACUGAACCAGCAUUAUCUUAUCCGGAGAUGAAUGAUAUUUCUCUUGGGAUUCCUAUGGAUGAUGUUGAUGAUGGAAUUCCAAUAUUGUCCAGGGUUUUAUCUAACAAAUCCAGAUCAGCAAGGUCAAAGCAAGUUGCAAUUGCAAAGGUUUCUGAAAUGAGUUCACUGUUGGGAAGAGCAGGUACGGCGGGGAUUGGGAAGGCUGUAAAUGUGUUGGACACACUGGGUAGCAGCAUGACAAAUUUAAACUUAAGUAGCGGUUUUGUGUCAAACAUGGCAACCAAGGGAAAUAAAAUUGCAAUUUUGGCAUUUGAAGUUGCAAACACCAUUGUCAAGGCUGCCAAUCUUAUGCAUUCUCUUUCAGAAGAAAAUGUGCAACAUUUGAAGAAGGUGGUGCUUCCUUCAGAAGGUGUGCAGCUCCUGAUAACAAAGGAUAUGGAUGAACUCUUGAGAAUUGCUGCAGCAGACAAGAGGGAUGAACUGAAAAUAUUCUCUGAUGAAGUGGUUCGUUUUGGAAAUCGCUGUAAAGAUCCUCAAUGGCACAACUUGGAACGUUACUUCGAAAAGCUGGAAUCUGAACUGACACCUCAUAAAAACUUGAAAGAAGAAGCAGAGGCUGUAAUGGUGCAGUUGAUGAUCUUGGUUCAGUAUACAGCUGAACUGUACCAUGAAUUCCAUGCUUUGGACAGAUUUGAGCAAGAUUAUCGGCGUAAAGUUCAAGAAGAGGAUACUUCAAAUGCUACUCAGAGAGGAGAUACCAUUGCAAUUUUAAAGGCAGAGUUGAAAAGUCAAAGGAAACAUGUCAAAAAUUUGGAAAAAAAAUCCCUCUGGUCCAAGAUAUUAGAAGAGGUAACAGAGAAGCUUGUGGACAUUGUGCAUUUCCUUCAUUUGGAAAUCCAUGCUGCAUUUGGCUGUGCUGAUGGAGAGAGAUCUAUGAAAAACAACAACCAGAGGUUGGGAUCUGCUGGUCUUGCAUUGCAUUAUGCGAAUAUCAUCACUCAGAUUGAUACAAUUGUUGCUCGACCAGGUUCAGUGCCCCCAAAUACAAGAGAUGCUCUAUACCAUGGAUUGCCACCAAGCAUAAAGUCAGCUUUACGUUUCAAAUUAAUGUCAUUCUCACUCAAGGAAGAGUUGACAGUGCCACAAAUCAAAGGUGAAAUGGAGAAAACAUUGCAGUGGCUUGUACCGAUGGCAGCCAAUACUACCAAAGCUCAUCAUGGCUUUGGAUGGGUUGGAGAAUGGGCAAAUACAGGGUCCGAAAUGAACAGGAAAUCUUCGAGCCAGGUUGAUCUUCUUCGAAUUGAGACACUGUAUCAUGCAGACAAGGAGAAAACAGAAGCAUAUAUUCUUGAAUUAGUGGUGUGGCUCCAUCAUCUUGUCAGUCAGUCGAAAAGUGCUAAUGCUGGAGUGAAAUCUCCAACCCGUUCCCCUAAUCAAAAGACAAUUGAGUUAUCUAAUCACCGAUCAAGCUCUCCAUCAUCCCCAUUAUCGGUUGAAGAUCAAGAAAUGCUUCGUGAUGUAAGCAAGAGAAAACUAACUCCAGGGAUUAGCAAGUCUCAAGAAUUUGCAAAAACAGGGUUGAGCAAGUACCACAGGCUGAGUAAGAGCAGUAGCCAUUCACCUAUAAAUGAAACCAGAAAGAACCCGUUCCCUAUCAAGAGACCGUCUUCUGUUCCAGUGAUUGACUUUGACACUGACCGCAUGAAAGCUUUGGAUGUCAUCGACAGGGUGGACUCAAUUAGAGGUGCAUAAUUGGUACAACAUUACGCUGCAUUUCCAGCUUAGGAUAUCAUUGUGCAUAGUGAUAGUAUGUUUAUUUACUGCAUUGGCAAAACGUAAAUAGAGAGCAACUUUUAGUUAGCUGUACAUUGGCUAUAUUAUGAUGGCCUAGCAGGCUUAAUGCAUCAACAAAUUAUCUUCA